AAUUGGUGCGCAUCAUGAUGAACCUGAAUUUGUAUUGGUUUACUCCCUCAGGAGGAGGAGGAGGAGGUCAACAUGAGAUAUAGGUGCACAGUCUCUAUUGGGAGGAGUUGAUCAUCUUCAUCUUUGUUUGUUUUCACUGUGUGUUACUGUUUAUGUGCAUAUAUCUUCAACUCUCACUUGACUUUAUCCUUCAUCAUCAUCUUUAUCUUCCCUGGUCUCCCGAUAAUUUCACUCUCUCUCUCAUCUUUCUCCAUCUCUCUAAUGUUCAUCUGUAAAAGUGUGAAGGAGAAGAAGACGAAAAAAAGAAGACAAAUCUUUACUUUCUUUAACCAUUGUGUAUGUUUACUUGUGUGUUCUCUCUCAUCUAAAUCAUCAUUAUUGUCCUACCUUACUCAAUGGAUACCAGUUCAAUGUUUGGAUUAACAAAUAAUCAGUCCAAUGUGCCACCCAAUCCGGGUGAUCGAGGUGUACCUUGUAUGGCACCUUAUCCUGUCUGGCCUGUUGGCCUGGGUCGAGCUCACUUUGAGAAACAGCCUCCACCAAAUUUAAGGAAGUCUAAUUUUUUUCAUUUUGUCAUUGCACUAUUUGAUAAAUUUGGUCAUCCAGUUGAAAUUGAACGAACCUCAUUUGUUGGUUUCAUUGAAAAAGACCAGGAACCUGAUACUCAAAAGACUAAUAACGGGAUACAUUAUUCACUUCAAUUGGUUUAUUCAAAUGGAGUCCGUCAAACUCAAGAUUUAUAUGUGCGACUCAUUGAUUCAGUAACCAAACAAGCAAUCGUCUAUGAAGGACAAGACAAGAAUCCGGAAAUGUGCAGGGUUCUAUUAACUCAUGAAGUAAUGUGCAGUCGUUGUUGUGACAAAAAAAGCUGUGGUAAUAGGAAUGAAACACCCUCUGAUCCAGUCAUCAUUGACCGAUUUUAUCUCAAAUUUUUCCUCAAAUGUAACCAAAAUUGUUUAAAAAAUGCUGGAAACCCUCGUGAUAUGAGAAGAUUUCAGGUUUUGAUAUCGACCAAUGUUAGUGUGGAUAGUCCACUUCUUUCCGUAUCGGAUAAUAUGUUCGUUCACAAUAACUCUAAACAUGGACGCCGAGCUAAACGACUAGACCCAGCUGAAGUACCAUAUUCAGCCACUCCGUCUAUCAAAUCAAUAUUUCCUAGUGAAGGAUGGACAAAUGGAGGAAGUCAAGUUGUCAUAAUUGGUGAUAAUUUUUUUGAAGGUUUACAAGCAGUUUUUGGUACAACAUUGGUUUGGACAGAGUUAAUUACAUCUCAUGCAAUCAAAGUGCAAGUCCCUCCAAGACACAUUCCCGGAGUUGUCGAGGUAACAUUAUCAUUCAAAUCGAAGCAAUUCUGUAAAGGUGCUCCAGGUAAAUUUACAUACAUAUCAAUUAAUGAACCUACAAUAGACCAAGGAUUUCAAAGGCUAGCAAAACUGGUUCCAAGACAUCCAGGAGAUCUUGACAAAUUGCCAAAGGAAAUUAUAUUGAGAAGAGCCGCAGACUUGGCUGAAGUGUUUUAUAGUAUGCCUCGGAAUACCUCACAAUUAUCAUCUCUUCCAGGCCCUCGGUCACCGGCAAGUGCAUUGAAUAAUGCCGCUGCUGCUGCUGCAAUGUCCGCUGCUGGUUUCAAUGUAGCCUAUUCAGCAGUGGAAUACAGUCGGGCACAAAAUAAUAGCGUUUCACCUAGUCGAGGUUAUGCCUCCAAUGCGUCUACACCUCAAUCCAAUAGUGGAGGCAGCUCUUAUGGAGGCGGUGGCAGUGGAGGUGGCACUGGUGGAGGUGGAAACUCAGUUAAUGGAAGCUAUGGAAGUCCUGGUACAGUUGUUAAUCCCACCGUACCUGGUUCACUAUUUGGUUGGCCUGGUUUCUGAGUUGAUCCAUUUUUGCGCUUUCACUCUUAAAAUUACUAUUGACCUUUGCCAUCAUUUAUCAUCAUUUCUCAUCAUCAUUCUCACCCACAAAUUCAUAAAAAACAACAAAAAUCAUCAUAAAAAAACCGCAAACAUCUUCAUCUUUCGUUUUCUCUAAUCUUUAGUUUUCCAUUUUUCCUCCUGUUUACCCUUCCCUUAUUUAAUCAUUAUCUUCUCUCUUCUUUCGUCUUUAUAUUUUGCACUUUUUUUGUCCAAAACAAACAAACAUUUUCAAAGGUUGUAAUGUAUACAUAAUCCAUUAUCCAUUAUCAAUUCACUUUAACGAUUGAAUUUAUCUCCAACAUCCUUGUUCCUACUCCUUUCCCUGAAUCCUUUUCCAAACUCUCAACAUAAUUCUGCUCUCAAAUCAUUAAAUCAUUAAAACAAAAGAGACUCCAAGUCUCACGGGACAAAACAAAUAA